AUGGAAGUUCCCCCGGCCGCGUUUAAAUACCCCUAUUUAAAAUACGUGGUCCUUUUCUUAUGGAUCCUUAUAACGCUCAUACUUCUGCACAGAGAUCUCAGCCGUUGGGAUGGACUAAUGGGGCCUCUUUCUCACCCAGGACUGGGUGAAAAUGGAACAGCCUCCUAUUUAAGUGUGCCCUCGUUGGAAAUCGAUGCCUAUACGCAGGGUUGGGAGCGUUUUGCUUAUAAUGCCUGGUUGGCAGAGAGAAUUUCUCUGUGGCGUUCCUUGCCAGAUUUACGUGAUCCCCGAUGCCUGAACUUGAAAUACGAUGAAGAUUCCGAUAGAAUGAAACCAGUGGCAGUUAUUUUGAUAUUUCGAAACGAGCAGCUCAUUGUUCUGCUAAGAACAUUGCACAGUUUGGUGGACAGGACUCCGAAGCACCUUUUUUCCGAACUAAUUAUAGUGGAUGAUCAUAGUGACACGGACUUCUGGAAUGAGAAAUUGUCGGUUUACUUCUUCGACAGAUAUGUGCUCAGGUAUAUUUAUUCAAAAGCGCGAAUACUUCACCUUAACAAACCAGUGGGCCUAAUUGAAGCUCGUGUUUUGGCGUCCAAGAAAGCCAAAGCGGAUAACCUGGUUUUCGUAGACGCACAAGUAGAGUUCACCAACGGCUGGUUAACUCCUCUGCUUAAUACAAUUUCGGAGCAGAGUCUUACCCUCGCCACGCCCAUUUUAGAUGGACUUGAUGAGCAGAAUUUGGCCUACCAUCGAUCUGUCGAGCUGCGUGGAAUUUUCGAUUGGAGCUUGAGACGACGGGAAGUUCCCCUGCCAGAGGAUGUAAAGAAACGGCUUCCUAGACCCUACGAAGUGGCUGCUGUCAGGACUUCUGUGUUUGCCAUUCCAGCUCAGUGGUUUCAGGACCUCUCGAAUUUCGACAAACAACUCCGAGGGUCUGGCGCCGCUGAGCUUGAACUCAGUUUUAAAGUCUGGCGAAGUGGUGGGCGAGUUGUUCAAGUUCCCUGCUCCAGAGUUGGCCACUUGCAGCCUAAGGAUCAGAACUACCUUAAGCGAUAUGGCAAUCUCCAUAUUAUGGGCAAAGAACUUUUAUGGAACCUUAAGCGCAUUGUGGAAGUGUGGAUAGAUGAUCCUCAAUCGAAAUCGGUUAUCUACCAUUACCUUCCCGAUCUCAUAAAUUUUCCAAUAACCGAUAUCAGUAAUUCACGUCAAUUAUAUGAAGACUACGACUGUCUAUCGUUUAUUGAGUUCAUAAACGAAAUAAUGCCAGAAUUGCUGCAGAUUAGGCCCACAAAUAGUACAUAUUAUGCCUUUGGAUAUGUGAAGCCUCUGGAAUUUCCUAAAAGCUGUCUAACAGUUCAUUCAAAAAGACAAACCGUUAGUCUUGAGCCCUGCAAAGCAAAUUAUACUCUUCAAAAAUGGAGUCUCACCCACCUCAAUGAUCUCCGAGUAGUUAAACAACUUUGUGCCGAAGUGCAACCCAAUCUGAAAUUGGGAUUUGAUUUGUGCCACAAUAUGGGAGGUCGGCAGAGUUGGCACUAUGAUGCAGUUAACAACCAUCUGAUAAGCAAUAAGAGGUGUCUGGAAGUGGAAGGUGAAUUCAACAUGUUUCUGACCCACUGCAAUACAUCGAAUAGAAAACAGAGAUGGAUACUCGAAAAUACCAAUUUAAGCGUCAUGCAAUCAGCAAAUACUUUAGGUUAGAUUAUGAUAAAUAUUUAUAAGUUUUAAUUACAAGCUACUUGUGCUUCGAAAACUACACAAACACUACCUCUUGAUACCUGCGAAAAUUUAUGGGCUCUUUAGCUAUACGGAUAUCGAUUUCGGAACACAUCAUUUAAAAUUUGUGUAUAUUAUAUGCAAAUUUCAAUCAACAAAUAUGAAUUUUUAAACUACA